CGUGUUUUACUGUCGUCUGUAUAUAAUGUGCCCACUGAAGUUGGCUUCGACUAGACAGGCACAUGAUGAAGAUGUUUAUAAACUGGGUGGAGGGUAAUUAAUUGGUUAAUUUGUCUAAACCAAGGACGGCAGUGUAUGUGGUGAUCAAUUAAUGCAUACAUCACCACACCCUAAUUACGUAGCACCGAAAAAAGGAGUGGAUCUGGGACUCGUGACUUGUGAACAUUUCAUCUUUUAGUUAUCUUAGAAGGAUUUUCAAAGAGCUCGUGGGAAUAAACAGGGAUGGCGGUCGCAACGGAUCAGGUUAACUUCACAACAGCCUUUGUGGAUACCACUGGGUAUGAGGAGUUAAGGAAACAUAUACGAGAAAGCACAGAGUUCACCAAGGAAUUGGCCCUCAUCUUAGAAGAAAGGGCUGAAGUAGAAAUUGGUUACGCUAAACUUCUCAACAAACUUACGGCCAAGGCCAAUAAGGUCACAAAACAUAAAUCAGGCACACUUUGCGCGGCAUGGAGUAUCCUCUGUGGCCAGUUCGAUACCGAAGCUACGGUUCACAAAUCUGCUGCAGAAACGAUUAUAAAAGACAUUCAGAAACCGUUGAAGAAAAUGGCGGAGCAACAAGCAAAAAGUUACAAACUGUUUGAAUCGCCCGUGGAUAAAGCAGUGAAGUCAUUGACCGAUUCAAGGGCAGAACUCAUGAAGAAAAAGAAAUCUGUGUACAGUAAGUCGAAGGAUUCCCAAGCCCUUUUAAGUCAAGCGAGCAACACAACCAACGCCAAAGGAAAACGCCUUUCAGUCAAAGAAGUAUCCAAGGCCAAGGGGAAGAGUUCAAAAGCAGAUGAAGUCGUGGUCAAAUCGGAGAUGGAGUACAUGAAGCAGUUGCUCAUGUCUGAGAAGUCGAGACAAGAUCAUGAGAUUGCCCUGGUGGAAGCCGCUUCGACUGUACAGAAGCUUGAGAUAGAACGCAUCAAUCAACAGAAAAAUUUACUCAAUCUAUACACCCAAACCAUUGUCAAUACGACGCCCAAGAUAAAGACGUUCUGUGACCAAAUCAACAUGGCCCUCGCUGCUGUACAACCAGAAGAGGACGUCAUCGCUAUCGCGAAGGCGAAGGGGAAACCCCCUCAACCAACAUACCAGCUCCUCAUGGAUGCUUAUCAAGAGGACAUAAGCAAUGGGAUGUCAAUGAACGAACGCAAGACCUUUACGGCCAGGCAUAUCAAAAUCAUAGAUGAGGAGAUAGCCAAAGAAGAGAGGAAGAAAGACGAUGUCUCGAGGAAUCAGAAGAACAGUAGUACAACAAGCACCCACUUACAGCUCAUGCAUUCCAACGAUGUUAUAAACAUGUUAACUGCAUCCAAGUACAAGCUGCUAGCUUCAAUCGCAGAGAUGGAUGGCAAGCAGAGACCAUCGUGUGGGAUGGAACAGUUCAUGCGAAUCAACAAAGACAAACAGGGGACAGCAGUGUCUACCCUUCACUAUCCCCGCACCAACGCACCAGAGCCGAAGUCUACCCGGAACAUCUCCGCCAUUCCUUCCUUGGCUAUCGUCACUGCUGCUGCUGUUGCUCCUGUUGCUGCAGCUCCUGUUGCUGCAGCUCCUGUUGCUGCAGCUCCUGGUCCACCUGCAGCGGUAGCAGCAGGCAGUGUCGUGGCGGAGAAAGCUGCUGCUCCUAUACCUCCAGCUGGAGCUUAUGCGGCCCCACCUCCACCUCCCCCUCCCCCUGGAUACCAAGAAUCAGAAACCAACAAGGUUCUAGGACAAUGCACGAUUCUAUAUGACUAUGACGCAACAGAUGACGAUCAAAUAGAUAUCAAAGAAGGUGACGUUAUUAAUCUGCUUGAAAAGGGGGAUGAUGGUUGGUGGAAAGGUGAGAAGGAAGGUCGGAUCGGUCUCUUCCCAGCUUCCUACGCCAAACAAGACACGGACAAGCGGGAUGAUGACAGUAGUGAUGAUGAUGACAGCGAUCGGGUGUAAUGAUAUAUAGAUACCCUCUAACAUGCCAAGUAUUCAAGAGUCCCUGUAUAUCGAAUCUUUUAGAAGAAAACAUUUGGUGAUUACCUCGUUUGGGUUUGAGAGUCCGAAGUAAAAUUAGUCGAAUAUAUUAUUCUCAAAAGAGGAAUUUAAACCACCUUUUGUGGAGUAGAUUUAAGUCCAAAAAUGGAACGUCUCUGACGUCAUGACUCCUUACAGGUAUUAAAUGGUUGUCAUGGAGCUGAUUAAGACCGGAACGGACGAUUUUGCCAGGUCUUUGUUUUACACAAAGUCAUCCUUCCAUUACUGUGUGCCUAUCGCUUUGUGCAAAACUACUCGUGUUGCAACGAGCGACCAUGCAGACAAGCGAAGAAAGCAAUCGAAGUGUUGAGGAUAAAUAACAACUUUGAAAAUCUUACAUUGUGUAUAUCUAUGUAUAAUAUAUCUCAAUCCUGUGACAUCACAACAAUCCUUGAAAUACAAAGAAAUCACUUGUAAACAUUGUGAUUUUUCAUUUUAAAAAUGAUUUUAUAGUAUAACAUCGUAUAAAUGACCCAUUUGAAACAUUAAAGACGUGCUAGUCGUUUGGAUUCAUCGUGAAAGAAAAUUGUGCAGACUUUAUUCUAAACGGUUUGGUAAGCAGGAACAUUGUAUUUUAUGUUUUGUUUAAAUCAUCACUGUUCUUUUUUUGCUUUUAAACAAGUUGGGUAAAUCGUGCUAAAAAUCACAAUGAAGAGUGCAUACUACGGCAUUAGAAUUUGGACCAAAGUUGCAAACUUUUUGUAGUGAACUCUUUCAGUGUGAUUACGUGAUGUACUUAUCUUUGUGUAGUUAU